AAGUCUAAUUGUAAAUUUUGUCAAAAAUGACAAGUAAACAAUUCGUGUUCCCUGCUAGGCUUUGCUAGACUGUUUAUUUUUAAUAUUUACUUGAAAACAAUUUCGCCUUCAGAUAGAAUAAUGGAACCACCAUUUGCACCGCUCAGUGAUUCGUGUGCAAAAGCCUUGGGUGACAAAGUCUACGAUAAAAGGAAGCUAGCCGCGUUGGAAAUUGAAAAGACAGUUAUCGAGUUGAAUAACAAAAACAAUGUUACGCAAAUUCGAAAGCUCAUUGAAGUGCUGUCGCGGGAAUUUGCCAUGUCCCGCGAUGCGAAUAGGCGAAAAGGUGGCCUGAUAGGAUUAGCAGCUACGACUUUAGCGCUAGGAAAAGAUUGUGAUAAGUACAUUCGUGAGAUCGUGCACCCAAUUUUGAACUGCUUGGCAGAUCCUGAUGUUCGUGUUCGAUACUUUGCCUGCGAAUCUCUGUACAACGUGGCGAAAGUUGCUCGCGCUUAUAUUAUACCCCUUUUUCCGGAGAUGUUCACUUUCCUGACAAAACUUGUCACCGAUCCGGAUCAGAUGGUUAAAGAAGGGAGUGAAUUGCUGGACCGAUUACUGAAGGAUAUAGUUACUGAAUCAUCACAAAUUUUAAAUUUGGACGGAUUCAUUCAUCUACUACGCGAGCAAAUCUAUGUGAAAAAUUCGUUUGCACGUCAAUAUGUAAUCUCGUGGAUCUCUGUCCUAAACGCAGUACCGGAAAUCAACAUGGUCGUUUAUUUGACUGAAAUCCUGGAUGGACUGUUUUUAAUGUUGGAGGACAAUAUGCCCGAAAUCCAUCGAAUGUGUGAUACACUUUUAACGCAAUUCUUAAAAUCGAUUCGCAACGACCCAGUCUCCGCUAAUAUUGAUAAGAACAUAAACAUAUUGAUUGUCCAUGCCCAGUCUACCAACGAUUUAAUUCAGUCAACAGCUAUCAACUGGAUUCGUGAAUUUGUCCAAAUAUCUGGAUCAGCCAUGUUACCAUUUACUAGUGGAAUAUUCACCGCGAUUUUACCAUGUUUAUCUUAUGAAGGAGAGACAAGGAAAGACAUAAAAGAAUGUGCAAUUAUGGUCAAUAAAAGUUUGAUGGAGCUGGUCUCCUCAAAACAGAACAAAGCUGAAAAUAUAAAGAAAUUGGAUCUAAGCUCUGUAAUGGAAGUUUUACGGCAGUAUUUAUCGCACAAUUCCGUUCAUACGAAAGUGGCUGUACUUAAGUGGAUUCAUCAUCUAUUUAAUGAAAUUCAUAACGAGAUGUCAGAUCACGCUACCAGUUUGUUCCCAGUAUUAUUAGGAAUUUUAUCAGAUAAUUCGGACGAAGUAGUGUUACAAGGUUUAGUUGUCCUGGCUGAAAUCGUCAAUCCAACACAUUCCAAAGACGGCGCAUUCAACAAGGGUCAAUAUAGAAAGUUUUUGUAUAGUUUAUUGAAUCUUUUUAGCGAGGAAAAGCAAUUUUUAGAAAAUCGUGGGAGCUUAAUUAUAAGGCAAUUAUGUGUGCUACUCAAUGCUGAGCACAUCUAUCGAACUUUCGCUGAAAUCAUAGCAGAAGAAACGGUUAAUGUAAAAUUUGCUUCAACAAUGGUUCGAUCGCUUAACAUAAUUUUAUUAACGUCUUCGGAACUUUUCGCCCUGCGUAAUGCUUUACGAGAUAUCACCAAUAAAAAUUCUGCUUCGCUUUUUAAAUGUUUAUAUAAAAGUUGGGCGCAUUGCCCAGUCUCGACCUUAUCGCUUUGCUUAUUAGCUCAGUGCUAUGAACACGUUUCUGAUCUUGUUGGUGUAUUCGGAACCCUUGAAAUAACGCUGGAACUUUUGAAUGAAUUAGACAAAUUAGUGCAGUUAAUCGAAUCACCGAUAUUUGCUUCGUUAAGACUGACAUUAGUCUCAAAAGCCAAUAAUUGUGCCGAUGCCCAGCAUUUAGCUCAUGCUCUUUUUGGGAUAUUGAUGCUUUUACCGCAGACAGAGGCUUUUAUUUUAUUGAAGAAUAGACUUCAAUGUGUUCCAAACUAUUGGGGCCAACGGCCAGAAAAGAAUAACGCAGAUUCACAGGAGAGUCGAAGUGAAAUCGAUUUCAAAGAACUAUUCGAGCACUUCGUGAAAGUGCAAAGGAUGCAUCACACGCAAAAGAUGGCACAAAGAAAGCGCAGCGUCUUAUUGUGGGACAACGAUAGCUCCGUAACUACUAAGGAAUAAUAAUAGACAAAUUUUCACAGUCAAAUAUUUGGCAAUUGAUAUAUGUGUAUGCGCAUUCGUAUAAGAAUAAAGUGAUAUUCCAUAAUUUUGCUAAUGUCAAA